ACAUAUACGGCUCUGGCAUCGCACCAGUGCCGUAUAUGCAUCGCACGUUAGAUGUCACUGCGAUCGCUUUUUGUUUUGUUUAUUUUUUCUUUUACGGCGAGCUCGGAGUUCAGCAACAUCGUCCGUGCUCGAACCGUUCGCGACUCUGGCUGAUCGCCGGUGCGAGGUAAAUCUCUGCCCUUUCGAUGCAUCAAACGUAAAAUUAAAUUAUGCAGCGCGCCAGACCGUCGUUCCCUUUCGAACACCCCCUCCUCGCGCUGUAGCCACAGUGGGCAGGGCUCGAUCGACGUCCCGAAGACCGGCUGCAUGCAGCGUCCCCGAAUUCCGUCACGGCAGCUCGGCGACCACCCAGCGACCCAACGAGCCGAAUAAAUGGAUCAGCAGACCGGCGUGUUGGAUAUCCUAGCACAGUUCUUCCAUCGCCUGUGGCACUGGGGUCCGCUGGUAGCUCUGCUCAUUGUCAAGUUCAUCUUCCUCACCUGUCUCUAUGUGACGUCGAUGUGGCUGUCGCCUUACAACUCGCUCGAAGGCACCGUCAACCACGCGAUUUAUAUCGGCUGGGUCGGCACGCUGUUGUACAACUUCUUCAUGGCUGUUGCUAUGGGACCGGGGUUCGUGCCCCUGCGGUGGAGACCGGAAUUGCCGGAAGACGAACAGUUUCUGCAGUACUGCGCCAACUGUGAUGGAUUUAAGACUCCUCGCUCACAUCACUGCCGGAGAUGCGAGAGGUGUGUCCUCAAGAUGGAUCAUCACUGCCCUUGGAUCAACACGUGCUGUGGACACAGAAACCACGCAAACUUCACACUGUUUCUUCUGUUUGCUGUCUGCGGCAGCAUCCACUCUUCUGGGCUCUUGAUUAUUGGCUUGUCCAAAGCAUACAAUCGGAAGUACUACAUGCAGCAGGGCCACGACGAGGACCUGGUCUACCUGGGCUUCUUUCCCUUUGUGGCCACUGUGCUCAGCCUGGGGCUUUCAAUCGGUGUGGUCGUUGCUCUGGGUAGUCUUCUUUUCAUACAGAUGAAGAUCAUCGUGAGAAACGAGACGACGAUUGAGAACUGGAUCGUGUCAAAGGCCCAGAUGAGGGAGAGAGAUGACGAUGAGGUGUUUGUGUACCCCUACAACCUGGGCGUGGCCGAGAAUCUCAAACAGGUCUUUGUGUAUCCACUGGGCGACGGCGUCACGUGGCCCGUCGUGCCAGGCUGCAAUCAGUACACUCUUACCGUGGAACAGAUCCUGCAGAAACAGGACAAGCGGCUGCGCACACGACUCUACACGGUGGUGCAUCACUACGCGGGAAGCUUCUUCCCCAUCACGUACGGCUGCAGAGUCUGCACGUCCACUCCGCUGACGGACGAGCCACGCAUCGCAGUGGCUCCCGGCGACAGGGUGCUCGUCACACGCUGGAAAAAGCACUGGCUCUACGGCGAGCUGGAGAACACGAAGUUCAGCUCAAAGUCACUGAAGAGAGCCAAGGGCUGGUUCCCACGGCAGUGUGCCAUAGAGGUGUCCACCAGCAGGGGCAGCCGGAGCCUCUCGGAAUCGUCGACGAGUGUUUCGCAGCGCAAGAAGACCAAGUGAAUGUUUGCGGUCCGACCGUCUGUGAUAUUGAAAUCCUGCUCGCGACCAGAGCGUGCGAGCACCCGCGAUUAUUUUUCUACUCAACAUUGUGCCACCGCUAGCUGUCUCGUAAAUAUAACUAGUGAGAAAGAGAAGACUGUUUCGUCCUUUUUAAUUGGACAGGAGUCACGUCCUUGAUCCAUUGUUUGUGCGGUGCCCGAAUCCGAUUCCAUUCCUUCGAAAGUUUUGCUGCUGUGUGAUCUCUUGAGGUGUAUAAAUCUGUUAAUAUUACGGUUAUUUAGUAGUAAUUACUUAUAUUUACGCCGGUCCCGAACGGCUUAACAAAUGCAUAUUAUGGUCCUGCACCUCGGUUUUGUGAUUCAUUCUUUGGUGUUCUUAUUGGCUAAUGCUGCGAUCUCAUUGGCUGCAAACAGAUAAUAAGCUGGCCGGGACUUACCACACCCUGCAGUUGUUAACUUGCCAGUGACUCUAGUACUGCAAGUCUGGCUCCUUGCUGAGCGUAAAGGUUUGGAAAUGGUUCCAGUCUAGAGUAUGACAGCUCUAUAGAUACCACGACAACUCCUUCAGGAACACGGCACCUUCGCUUGGAACAAUUCCAGCCUUGCAAGUGAAGGGCUUCACUGUACAUACUGAGCAUUGUAAGCAGUUUCUCAGGGCAAGUGUUUGAGUAACUGAAGGCUUACAUUUCAGGUCUUUUGGGGACAUACAAAGAGCAGCUUGUUGACUGAAUGAUUUUGUUGUGUAUACACAGCUUGCGCCGACGUCACUUGGCUAGACAUGAUGGGGGAAAGGCUGUGGAUGGGGCAGCUUCUGCUGCGUUAACGAGGCACUUCUGGCCACCAGAAAGAGGGAUGGACUGGCGUCGCAUUGGACUUGUACAUAAUCUGUUACAAGUAACGAAAUUACUUGUAAUUCCUUACAUUUAUCGGUAAUUUUGUAAGGGAAUUAUUACAUAUUUCAGGAAGUAAUCGUAAAGUAAUUUCCUUUUUUCUUUUACUUAAGGAAAUGAUUAUAAUCCGUUGCAUUUUCGUUUUCAUUCACGGGGGAAAAAUGCAGGAACUUUGAAUAUUGACAAAAAAAAUUGUAAAAGAUAUAUAUUCUUUUUUUGUAAAAGCAAGUUCUGCCGGAAUCAAACUGUCACCUGCGUUUACGAAGCGCAAGGACUGGCAUUCUUUAGAUGCUCAAAGCCUUUGUUCACAUCACCUAAAAUCUUGACUCAAAUAUUUAUCUUUGGUGGUUUGGUUGUUAGCAAAUCGUAACUCGUCAGCUUGCUCGCCCACAACCAAUUGGGAAGUACGCCGAUACAAACACCAAACUCUCCGUGCAAAACAAUAAUAAGUAAACUCCCAAGUUCAAAUUGUUUCCUUCCAACAAAAAACAAAUACAAACAAAACAAAAAAAUGUCGAAGUGCAGUGCGGGGGACAUCUUCACAUAGAAAGGAGGCAAGAUGUCCGAUGAGACUGUUAGGGCCAGAUGAUAUUCAAGGUAACAAAAGCUUGAGUUGCAACAACGAUAAACGCUUGUCUUGUUUCUUACCCUAGGACAGUAAGGUUAAAAGCAACGGUCACUUUUAUGGAAGUGUAAUUGUAACCGUAAUUAGUUGCAUUAAGCCAUGAAUAAUUGUAAAUUUAAUUCCUUACUUUUUUUUUAGUAACAUGUACAAGUCUGUGUCACGUGCGUGCUAUGUAUUGGGAGGGUACAUGAGCUAAGUUAAUUUUGGAGUCACAAGGGCUUGGAAGGAGCAAUCCUCUUCUCUCUAAUUUCGUCUUGCUUGAUUGACCGUCGGAAAAUAGAUACCUCCCUUGUAAAAAAAGUUCAAAAAUUGUUCAGCCCUCACUUUUAAAGGGAUACUGAACGGAAAUUUCGAGCUCACUAAACAAGGCCGGACGGAUAGGCGGGAAGCUGCAAAACCAAAAAAUAUCACUCAUACGGCGAUGUAUCUAACGGAUCGCCAUAUUUUUUGGAAAACAAGUGCGCGAUUGAACCCGGCCGCCGAGGCCGACGAGACAAGGUACGUCACGAUUCCCAUUCUCUCUCCUCCGCGCUACGUACCGUCAAGGUGGUGAACCGAAGCGAGGAGGAGAGAAGCGAGGCCGCUUCUCCUCGUUCUCAUAUUCGCCCGGAGGACAGUUACAUCAAAGAACUCGCUGGAUCGCGCCCUUCUUUUCCACAAGUAUGGCCGUUCGGUUGAGAUAUCGAUGUACGAGUGAUGUUUUGGAGUUUGUAGCGUCCGGUUCAACACUUCUGCAGCUUUACUUUGCGAAAUCCAAAUUUCGGUUCAGUAUCCCUUUAAAGAAUGAUUCAAUGCUUGGAAAAAAAAUAAAUGUUUAUGAAAUCUAGUCACUUUUCCCCUCAACAAAAAGAUUUCCCAUAAUGAAAGUUGGGGAGUUGUGAGAGUCAAGAAGCAGUCACAGAGAAUGCAUUACAUGCUGGCAGGUAAUGCACCCACUUGUAUUUGGUUGUGUGCACAUUCAUUCUGUUCCUACAUUUGAAUUACUAUUAUGAAAUGCAUUCCUUUGGUAUGUACAUGCCAUUCAUCUCACAGGUAUGAAUUAUAUAGGAACUGUGCCAGUAGUACAUUAAUUCACCAUUUGCAGGAAAAAUGUUUAUGUAGGUAUGUUGUAUGGAAUACAUGCAGAAAGUUUGUAAAAAUUCUUUUGGCCACUGUAUUGGAGUGGUUAAAAAGGAGACCUCACAUUUAAAACAUAGCCAUUGCACAAACAAAUGUGAUGCACAAUCUUAGGUGAAAUCUUUUCAUGUGAUAUACAUACGGUUGGUUAUGUGCACUAGUGAAAUACUUGCAGCAAAGCUGACUGAGCAAGUUAAACGUGCUUAUCAAUGUUAAUUGCUUUAACAUGUACUUAGCCACUUGUACAAAAUGUGAGCAACUAGUAACGAUUGAGUGUCUGAAAGUUUUCAUAUUGCCUAAAGUUAAUGCAGUUCAUGCUCAUUGGAUUUGUUUACAUUUGCCAUGAAAUUAUAAAUUGCAUAUAUAUUCCCCUUCCCAUUCAUUCAAGCUGUGCUUGUUUUUGUGUUCUACAAUGUUACACAAAUUUUUUUUUUAUGUGGAACAAUGUCUAGUAGUCUGAUAGACCUUAUAGUUCCAACAGUCAUUAUCAAGUAUAAUGGCUUGCAGAACACAUGGUGUUUGUACACCUCAGAAUCACAAAAUUACCCUCUUACCCUUGCAAACAAUUAGGAGUGAUCUUGAAGCAUGCCAAAUGUUGCUUCAGGGAUAUGCCUUGCAUUCAAAGUGAGCUACGUUUGUAAAACGAGUUCCAGUACUAGAAGGUGGCAUGGACUGUCAGUGCACUUCAGAAAGAGCAGUUUUUGGGUGUUUGUUCCUCGAGUGCAACCCUGUUCGCCUUUAUACAAAUGUCGCACGCCCUUUUUUCUACUUCCUGUUCCUAGCGGAGCAGAGGUGUGUGUCACCCCAGAGGAAUGUUGGCAUCCAAGACUCGAAUAAUGUAUGCUUACAAGGUGCCCAGAACCAAGCAAAGGGGACCGCGAGAAACAAUGGCUGAAGGCUAUUUCACGGGGCUGAAUUUUCCACAGAAACGCUGCAUCACGACCCCCAGGCAUUUUCAGCAUUGGUAUCGAAGAAGGCUUUUGAUUGCACGAAAAUAAACGGCUUUCACGGUCGCA